CAUCAAAACUUAAAAAAGUUGUAAAAAGGCAUGACGUAACCAACCCCAAAACAGCACCUGAUCAACCUCUUAAUUCCGCAUCAAGUCACAUGUCGUUUUCAGUUUCCCUUAGAUUUCCCGGGAAAAGGAAAAUAAAUAAAUAAAUGGAAAAAGUAAAAAAUAACAAAAAGACAGAAGAGGUUUAUGUUUCAACGCUUAGUUAAAUCUGAAGAAGAAGAAGAGAAGAAAACAAGUCAAAACACUCAAUGGAAGAUCCUACCGCAAGCAAUGCGACUCCUCCGGCGAAUUCUUCUCCUCAACUCAGUCCACCACCGUCGAUGAACACUCCGAUCAUCUCACUCGAGUCACGAAUCAACCGUUUGAUCAAUGCCAACCAAUCUCCGUCGCCAUCACGGUCUAUAUACUCCGAUAGAUUCAUACCAAGUAGAUCCGGAUCCAAUUACGCGCUCUUCGAUCUCGCUAAAGACGGCAAAGAAGACGGAGCUGGCUCUUACGCGACUCUGUUACGCGCGGCGAUGUUUGGACCCGAGACGCCGGAGAAGAGAGACAUCACUGGGUUCUCUACGUCGCGGAAUAUAUUUCGGUUUAAGACGGAGACGAAUCGGCGUUUGGAUUCGUUUUCGCCGUUUGUGUCUGAUGAUGGUUCUGGUGUUAGUCAGAGUCCGAUCAAGGCCUUGAGGAAGGUGUCGCGAUCGCCCUAUAAGGUACUAGAUGCACCGGCUUUGCAAGAUGAUUUUUAUUUAAAUCUGGUGGACUGGUCAGCGCAGAAUGUUCUUGCGGUGAGCCUAGGGAACUGCGUGUAUUUGUGGAAUGCUAGUAGUAGCAAGGUUACCACGCUAUGUGAUCUCGGGGCUGAUGAUAGUGUUUGCUCAGUAGGUUGGAACUUCCGUGGAACUCAUCUGGCUGUUGGAACUAGUACCGGGAAAAUACAGAUAUGGGAUGCGUCGCGGUGCAAGAGGACAAGAACAAUGGAAGGACAUCGUCUAAGAGUUGGAGCACUGGCAUGGAGCUCAUCUGUUCUUUCAUCUGGUAGCAGAGACAAGAGUAUUCUUCAAAGAGACAUACGUUGCGAAGAAGAUCAUGUCAGUAAACUCACAGGUCACAAAUCCGAAGUAUGCGGACUCAAGUGGUCUUACGAUAACAGAGAGUUAGCAUCUGGUGGAAACGACAAUAGGCUUUUUGUAUGGAACCAACAUUCAACACAACCGGUAUUGAAAUAUAGUGAACACACAGCAGCGGUGAAAGCAAUUGCUUGGUCUCCUCAUGUUCACGGGCUUCUUGCUUCUGGUGGUGGGACUGCUGAUAGAUGCAUACGUUUUUGGAAUACAACCACAAAUACUCAUUUAAGUUCCAUAGAUACUGGCAGUCAGGUAUGCAAUCUAGCUUGGUCUAAAAAUGUGAACGAGCUGGUUAGCACGCACGGAUACUCCCAAAACCAAAUCAUAGUCUGGAAAUACCCUACCAUGUCCAAAGUUGCAACUCUAACCGGUCACACAUACCGUGUUCUGUACCUUGCGGUCUCACCUGAUGGACAGACGAUUGUAACAGGAGCAGGAGAUGAAACCUUAAGGUUCUGGAAUGUCUUCCCAUCCCCAAAAUCUCAGAACACGGAUAGUGAAAUCGGUUCAACAUUCUUUGGUAGAACAACAAUAAGGUGAAAAGAUCUUACAAAACUCACAAAGACAGAUCAUAAAUGUCUAUUUCAGUUCUUCAACAUCAGCAGCAUCUUGAGUUGGUCUUCUCAACCAACGUUUUUCAAACGGAUGCAAAAAGAUAACCCUUUUGAUAUAUAAUACCACCAUCUGGGUUUGUCACAAAAAUUUUCAAAUUGUAUAUCUUUAUUCAAAUUUUUCUUUUUUAUACGUCAUUAUAUAUAAAAAUUUUGUUGUUCAAAUUUACUUACGAACACACCAUUUUUAUAAUGAGCCCAUUAAUUAUAGAUGCAAUAAUUCGUCGCCCUAUUCUCCAUA